AUGCAGCCCGCGUCACCUGGUUCCUCCGAUUGCUCCUCCUACGAUUACAUCACUCAAAACAGCGCAAUCAGUUACUAUCCCUCUGGCCGACAAGACUCUUACGCUUAUCCCCCUCCCACGAUUGCACCCGCCGAGAAGCGAUUGAGCGGCCACUCGGCGUCUGACCCCCCAUCCCCGCCGCGAUCCAUUGGCGGAUCUAAAGAUGGAGCCGGUGCCAAAGGGACCAAAAAGAACAAAUACCCUUGCCCGUUCGCAGCCAGCCAUGGAUGUUCAGCGACUUUCACCACAUCCGGCCACGCCGCACGCCACGGCAAAAAACACACGGGAGAGAAGAGUGUGCAUUGCCCCAUAUGCAACAAGGCCUUUACUCGAAAGGACAAUAUGAAACAACAUAUCCGAACUCACCGCACGCAUUCAGAAGACAUGCCCUCGGGAACAGGCGACCGCGAUGGCGAGGCUGCCAGCAGCCGGUGGGCACCAGGGCGAACCAGCCCACCUGAUAACCAUUCGCGGUCGACGAGUCAGUCGCAGACGGAUGGAAAUGUCUAUCACCGCAGCACGAGUACCAUGAAUAUGACAACGUCUAGCGGAAGUCAACGUCGGCAUUCACCUUACUGA